UGUAAAAGUAAUUUUUUUUUUUUAAUAUAUAUAGUGAGGAAUGAAAAAGGUGAAAAGAAGAAGCAGACGGAUGGUAAAGCCAAGACUCAACGAACUCGGAAGAACGUGUACAGAGGAAUAAGGCAGAGGCCGUGGGGGAAGUGGGCGGCUGAAAUUAGAGACCCUCGCAAAGGUGUCCGAGUCUGGCUCGGUACCUACAACACAGCCGAAGAAGCCGCUAGAGCCUACGAUGAAGCCGCCAAGCGCAUACGUGGCGACAAGGCCAAGCUCAACUUUGCUCAACCACCACCUCAAGCUGAACCUUCGUCUAAGAAACGCUGUAUAUCACCACCUGAGUUGACUCAGACGAGUUUACCAGCAGCGUGCGUGGAUUUCGGGUUUGAAAACGAGUUUUAUCAACCCAGUGAAGUGGGGAGUAACGAGCUGGCGCUGGAAGAGCAAAUCUCGAGCUUGGAAUCGUUCCUGGGCCUGGAGCCAACAAGUCGGCAGCUGAGCGGAAACAGUGAGUGUGACUCGAAUGACUUCUGGAUGCUGGAUGACGCGGUGGCGCCUGUGCCUGUUCAUCAGCAGAAUCUUGAUGAGGAUCAGCUCCUAAUGUACUAGGGAAACCAAAAAAAACAUAAUAAUAGCAAUAACCAAAGUAUAGUGUGGUUCUUUUUCUUUCGUUUGUGUUAUGCUUUGAUGUUGGGUUUAUGUGGUUGAAAUUAAAAGACUCUAGUGAUUCUCUGUGCAUUGUAAAGACGAGAUAAUAAGCAGAGAAAUAGCUAGCAGUUGCUUCUUGUUCCAUGCAGAAAAAGAAGCAUCUUUUCUUUCUCUGUCUUAUAUUGUAUGCAUGGCUGUUUUCGA